AUGCACAACAGGGCCAAUUUUCGAACGUGGCAGCUUUCCGCCUUGGUCUGUGCCGAACUGUACGAUUGGAGGAGCGUCCUCCCUUUGAGUUCCCGAUCUCGACACACAUCCAUCCCCUCACCAACCACAUUGACAAAGAUGAAGGCCCUCCUGCCUUUGCUGUCCCUGAGCGCCGUCGCGCAGGCGAUCUACUUCUAUAUCGACGGCACCUCGCCGAAGUGCUUUUUCGAAGAGCUGCCCCAGGAUACUCUGGUCGUCGGACACUACACGGCCGAAGAAUGGGACGACCGGAUUCAGGACUGGGCCAAACAUGAUGGUAUUAGCAUCUAUAUCACAGUCGAUGAAGUCUUCGACAAUGACCACCGCGUCGUCUCUCAACGCGGCGCUGCCUCUGGAAAAUUCACCUUUUCUGCGGCCGACGCCGGCGAUCACCGCCUCUGCUUCACCCCGUCCUCAACCUCUGGCCGCUCAGGCUGGCUGAGCAGGGCCAACCCCAACGGUGGCAUCCGGUUUAAUCUCGACUUGGUCAUCGGCGAGACCUCCAAGAUCGAGUCACGCGACAAGGACAAGCUGCAGGACAUCGCCUCCAGGAUUAAGGACCUCAACGCCAGGCUGCAGGACAUUCGCCGAGAGCAGGUCUUUCAAAGAGAACGUGAAGCCGAGUUCAGAGACCAGUCUGAAAUCACCAACUCCCGUGUCGUCCGCUGGAUGAUCAUCCAGACCGUUGUCCUUACGGGCACUUGCGCAUGGCAGCUUUCUCAUCUCCGGAGUGCGCUGGAGCGAAGAUACAACCAUGGUCAUAUGCAUCUGCUUUCUAUGCUGCGCAUCGGCCUAUGCAUCUCGCCGUACAACGAUGCCGAGACUCGAGCGAAAGGGGAAUUUCUUGAAAGCCUACCAACUCCCGAAAAGCCCAUUUCCCUGAAGCUAGCUGCUCUCUUGCACCUGCUCUCGGGCAAGACAAGCGACUCCUGUCUCAUCAUUCGCCUCGCGCUGCGCUCUUAUUAUGUACAAAAUCUAAGGCAUCCUCGACAUUUAAGUCCCAAGGUGUACGAUUCGAAACUGGCCGUCCAUGCCGAUAAUGCACCGGAAAACAUCCCGAAGUUACCGAUCGCCAAUAUAGAAGGCACCGUGGCCAGUAAGAGAGUAGCAGAGAGUAUGAUUUUCAGCCAUAAAGAAAGGAGAGUAGACGAGGUCGACGUGGAGGAGACAGCGACCACCUCUGCGACCUGGUAUGAUAGACGGUCUCUCUAA